AUGUCAAACCUGGAUGAUUUUGUCGAGCACUCCUCUGGUCCUUCUAUUCCUCCUCGAUAUUCUUCCUCGGGUGCUUAUAGAGGAUCAGGUCCUGUGCCGACCUUAGGUGGAGGAGGGAUAGAGAACGUUGGAUAUGAAGGAUUCGAGGUAGAUGAAGGAGAUGAGGAAGAUGAGGAUACUGGAAUGGUCAGAGCUCUCGAAACAGGCUUCAUUCCAUCCUCGUCCACACCUACCUCCCUACCACCCUUAUUCUCCCUUUCUCUAGUCCAGUAUUCUCCACCAUCCGCCCUACUAUGUCUGAAAGCAUCAAACAAUCUGUUGUUCCUAGCUGCUGCACCUUUGAGCGUCAUCAUUAUAGAUUUGGAUAAACCCGAAGAAUUAGUUACUAUUGAUCUUCCUAAACCUGCACCUGAAAAAGGUGUUCCACAACCAAAAGAAACACCUAGUAUAGAUAAACUGUACUCCGAUCCUACAGCCAGACACCUCUUAAUCACGACCAACACUGGAGACACGUUUUAUCUACCUAUCAGUCCUGGAAAUGCUGCUGUCCAAUCACGUCGACCUAGACCAUUGAGAUUAAGACAGACUAUCACCGCGGUCGGUUGGUCACCUAUUUCAGGACAAUUAUCAGAUCCUAGUGGACAAGAAACGUCAAGUAAUAAAGGUGAUGCUAUAACACCACCUUCAACAGAUGUGUUACUAGGUACGACAACAGGUCAAAUACUUUCAUUACCAUUACCUCCUCAAGAUGAUAUAUUCAAAUCAGUCUCGAUUGCAAUGAGCAAACCUGUUGAAAAAGAUUUACAGACAGUCUACUCUUUACCUGAUCAACAACCUGUGACAGGGAUAGGAUACGGCUUCUGGUCUACAUCAUCUGGAUCUACAGGAGGAUCAAGUAAGAAGAAAGGAAGUGAGAAAAGAGCUUGGGUAGUCAUCACUACCAAGGAGAGAAUGUAUGAGGUCCAAGGAAAUGUCUCUUCCACUACAGCCGGUGGAAAGACUGGUGGAUGGGCAGAAGAAGUUUUUAAACCUAUACGAGACAGUACUCCCAAAUUUCAAGAGCUACCUGGAGAUCCACCAAACUCAUCACUGAGCCUUUAUACACCAUCGGUGGAAGGACAGUCAGCUUCUUCGCUUCCUGCUACUUCUGCUUUAUCCUGGCUUACAGCCCCUGGUCUGUACACCUCAAGUAUCGCCACCACCUUAUCCAACGAUAUUCUCACGAAACCUUCUCUUAUCCCUUAUCCAUCAUUUGACACAUCUUCUACUCCUGCGUUCAACCGUAAUGUCCCAGCCGCCUCACCUUCGCUACCGCCUAUACCUGUCGCAGUAGCAGUCACUCAGUGGCAUUGGUUAUUGCUAUAUCAAAACAGGAUAGUUGGUAUCUCGAGAGAAACCGAAAAAGUAGUCUGGGAUGAACAAUUGCCUUUGGCGGUAGACGAACAAGCCGUUGGGCUCUCGGCAGACCCUGUUUCAAGGACUUUUUGGGUCUAUACUGAUCGCUCCAUUCUUGAAGUAUUGGUACGAAACGAAGAUCGAGAUGUAUGGAGGGCGAAACUGGAAAAGGGCGAAUACACCGAAGCCCUCACCUUUGCUAGGACUCUACCUCAGAAAGAUAUCGUUCUAUCUCGACAAGGUGACUCGCUAUUCGAACAAGGUCGAUUCAUCCAAGCCGCGCAAUGUUACGCCAAGUCUAGUCGUAGUUUCGAGUAUGUCACUUUACGGUUCAUGGACGUCGAUGAGAGAGACGCUUUGAGGAUGUACCUUGCUGAUCGAUUGGAUCUCCUCAACAAAAAAGAACGUACCCAACGAAUGAUGCUUGCGACGUGGCUCGUUGAAAUAUAUCUCAGUAAAUGCAACACCCUCGAAGAUAUAGUUGCUGCCGAAUCUGCCAUUUCGGACGUAGAAAGUUUAACGAUGGAAAGAAAGCUUAUGGAAGAAGACCUGAAGAAUUUUGUUACUACUUAUCAGAACGAUCUUGAGCCGAAAGUUGUUUACGAACUCAUCCUAUCUCAUGGUCGAACAGACCUCUAUCUAUUUUACGCGAAUCUCAACAAGGACCACGGAAAGGUAGUGGAACAUUGGAUCAUGGAAGAGAAGUGGCUCAAGGCUGUGGACGUGCUGAAUCGACAGGAUUCUGUCGAUCUGUAUUACCGCUUCGCAUCGAUCUUGAUGCGGAAUGCACCUAAAGAAACGGUUGAUUCUUGGCUGCGACAAAAUUCGCUCUCACCUCGACGCUUGAUUCCAGCUUUACUGCAACAGCAACAACGGAAAGAAGCAAUAUCGUCCAAUCAAGCUAUCAGGUAUCUCACACAUGUUAUACAUAACCAAGGAUCAACAGAUACGACAAUCUACAAUCUCCUCCUAACUUUCUACGCUUCUGAUUCUAAUCCCGAUGAUGGACCCUUACUCCGAUUCCUGUCUUCUUGUCCCGAUGAUCCUCAGACUGAACGACCAUAUUAUGAUCUCGAUUAUGCCCUGAGAACCUGUAAACAGCAUGGCAGGAUCCAGCCUUGUGUAUUGAUAUACUCGAAACUGGGACUAUACGAGAGUAGCGUUGACCUGGCUCUGGAGAAGGGAGAUUUGGAAUUGGCAAAAAUAAAUGCCGAUAGACCUGAUGAUGAUGAGGCUCUAAGAAAGAAAUUGUGGUUGAAGAUUGCCAAAUACGUUGUGCAAGAGCAAAAGGAUAUCAAGAGCGCUAUGAAGUUUUUGGAAUCGACUGAUCUGAUCAAAAUUGAGGAUAUUUUACCCUUCUUCCCUGACUUUGUGGUGAUUGACGAUUUCAAGAUUGAGAUUUGUAAUGCUCUCGAAGAAUAUUCAGCUAAAAUCGAUGACCUCAAAGCUGAGAUGGACGAAGCUACAGCAUCUGCAGAAUCAAUCAGAAGGGACAUCGAAGGUUUGGCUAAUCGAUUCGUUACUGUUGAACCUGGGGAUAAAUGCUGGAAGUGUGGUACAAGUUUAACGAUCAGACAGUUUUAUGUGUUCCCGUGUCAACAUGUCUUCCAUGCUGAUUGUUUGAUUUCAAUGGCAAUGGAAUUCCUGCCAGCACCUUCGCUACGUCGUAUAUUACGACUCCAAGACGAACUGGUGUCUCGUUCGAGUGACACUCAGAAUCGAGCACUGUUGUCAUCAAACUUCAGUCCUUCACCAUCCGGGACUGGAACACCUAGACAUACGAAAGAAGGCAGUCGAACACAGGCUCCUACGUCAGGAUCAACAGCUACAGAUUUAUUAUUAGGUCUAGGAGGGAGAAACAAGCUUAUAGCAGCUGGAGAUAGGUUGAGAGAACUCAUCAUUCCUGAUGCUUUAGCUCAAGCUGUCUCUGUCGUGGGGGCAGGUGUUGGAGUAGGUGGUGGAUCGGGCAAAAAGAAAAAAAUCGAUAGACGAUUAGAUGAAGGUAGAGCCGAAGAAUUGAGGAAAGAAUUAGAUGAAUUAGUGGCGAGUGUUUGUCCUUUAUGUGAAGGAUCAGUGGUCGGCCUAGACAAACCGUUCGUCAUGGAAGGAGAAGAUACAAGAGAUUGGGAAGUCUAA